AUGAAGAUUCUUCUCGCUUUUCUAGCAAUUUUCAAUUCCGCGGCGGAGAAGCGAAGCACGCGAAAUCGACGAAAUCUUGUUCCAAUUUUGGAAAAUCAAGAUGGAGUAGCGCCAAAUGGAUCACAGUGCCGCCGGGUAAAAUACGACGUCGUGUUCAACGUUGACAGCUCGGCUUCUGUUGGCGAUCAGGAUUUCGAAAAGGUUCGCCAAUGGAUUGGCAAAUUGGUCGACACCUUCGACAUCGAAGAAGAUGGCGGCGGAACCAGAGUUGGAGUCGUCAUUUAUUCCGACGCGCCGAGGAUGGAAAUUUCGCUGGGAAAUGGAUUGAGCAAAGAAGACUUGAUUAAAGCGAUCCAUAGUUUGAUGUACGAGCGAGGGAACACGCUGACUGGAGAAAGUAUCCGCUUCGCUAGCGAAGUUGCCUUUGCCGAGACUUCCGGCGCCAGAGGACUAUCAGAGGGCAUCAAUAGGAUUAUGAUCGUCUUAACGGAUGGGAGGGCACAGGACAAUGUAGCUGGGCCCUCGGUUAUUGCACAGGAAGAUGGAAUAGUUGUCUACGCCGUCGGAGUCGGCCAUGCAAUCAAAGACGAGCUCGAUGAGAUCGCUUCAAAACCCACCCAUCGCCAUAAAUUCUCCGUUUCUGACUACAGCGCCAUUGAAAGUAUACGGUCGAGUUUGAGAAGAACAAUUUGCAUUCAUUCUAUUUGCCCGAAUAUGUCGACUGAUAAUAUUUUGGAGAAGAUUGGCUAUCUCGAUGAGAAGAGUCAUUUAGGAUUUGACUUGCUGCAGAUGUUUACUAAAUUCGCGGAUGAAUCAACGCAGCGAUCACUAGAAAAUCUUCUUGGCGAAACUUCAUCUCCUUCAAAUCUUCUCGUGAAUCGAAAAAGAACACAUGAAAUCUUUCCCAAGGGUUUACCAGAUCAGUAUACUAUCGUAUUCGUCUAUGACAUCUCAAAAGUGAAGAGAAAAUCAUGGGUUUUGGUUCUUGAAAUCAACGAUGAAAAUGGCCUCACACAGAUGGUCAUAAAAGUCGAUUUCCGAAACAAACUGGUGACUUUUGGCGGACUUGGACUUGACGGACGCGAAACAAAGGCCAAAUUUGAUCUUCGGAAGUUCAAGAAACUCGAGCCUUUAUUUCAACCCGGGCGGCACAAGGUUCUGAUGUCCGUCAAUGCGAACUCGGUAUCGUUGUAUGCCGAUUGCGAGCAUAUCGGGAUCAGAAAGAUGCGACAAAAGGAUUCGAACAUUUCGUUGAAUGGAAUCACUCAUUUGUCUGACGAGACUUCCCAUGUCACCCUAGAUAAAAUAAACAUCUUCUGUGAUACUGAAGCUGCUCUUAACUCCGAGCGUUUUUGCUGCGAGCUUCCAGACAACAUUGAUUUCUGCCCUCUACGGACUACCACUCCUUCCGCUCCCCUUCCUACUUCCAUCCCUCGAAAUUUGUACGCUGAUCAACCCCCAGAAGAUGCCCUUCAGCUUUGUGACUGCCCUGCCGGGCCCCCUGGACCAGCUGGACCAAUCGGACCACCAGGUUUUCAAGGACCAGAAGGACUGAGCAUAACGGGACCUGCUGGACCGAAAGGAGAAAAAGGGGAGUGCGAAAUUAUCAAACUCGAACCACUUGUUGGAGCACAAGGCGAAACUGGCCCGAAAGGACAACGAGGCGAUCCAGGUCUUCCUGGCAUUCCUGGUAGUUUUGGCGAUGCUGGAAGACCAGGAGAAGAUGGUGAUAAGGGUGACAAAGGCGCUCGCGGAGAUAUUGGCCCUGUUGGACCUAAAGGAGAAGAUGGCCUGAUUGGAAAACCUGGCAUCCCUGGUGCUGUUGGCCCGAUGGGACCUGCUGGAGAAAAUGGAAAAGAUGGAUUACCCGGCCAGAAGGGCGAACCGGGGGAUAUCACGGAAAUCACCGGACCGAUCGGACCAAGAGGUGAAGAUGGUCCUCAAGGACCAAGAGGAUUACCUGGUCUUCCGGGACCACCAGGUCCUCCUGGGCAAGUGGUCAUUCAAGAAUCACAAGAAGAAGAGAAAAAUUGCUCCUGUCCAGCUGGACCUCCCGGCAUUCCAGGUUUGCCCGGACCAGAAGGUGAUGCAGGUCAAAAAGGUUCUUCUGGCUCAGAAGGUCCAAAAGGCGAGCCUGGUGUCCAAGGAAAACAAGGUGACCAGGGCAUUCAAGGAGAGAAAGGCGAGCCAGGUGCUCUUGGCCUUGAAGGUCCUCAAGGGAUAAUUGGCCCAGAAGGAAAUCCGGGCGCGCGAGGCGACAAAGGCGAAAUCGGCGAGAAAGGAAAUCCUGGAGAGACUGGAAUAAAAGGACAAAAGGGUUCCCCUGGGCUGCCCGGCCAAGUUGGAGCUCAAGGACAAAGCGGCCCACCUGGCGUUCGCGGUGACACUGGGGAUAAAGGCGACAAAGGAAGCGUGGGAGUCCAGGGAUUUGAUGGAAAAGCUGGAAAAGAUGGACAAAAAGGCGAGCCAGGAGUUGACGGAAAAAGCGGCAAUGAUGGAGUACCUGGAUUGCCGGGCGUGUCUGGCCCAGCUGGACCUAGAGGCCCAAUUGGUCCGAAAGGAGAAAGAGGAGAUGAAGGAAUUCAAGGGCCACAGGGUCCGUUCGGGCCAAAGGGAGACAAGGGAGUGCCCGGGACGCAAGGACAACAUGGUCUGCCCGGACCACCUGGAUAUCAAGGGCUGAUUGGACCACAAGGUGACGAUGGACAAAAAGGAGAACCCGGACCGAUUGGACCACAGGGGCAUCCUGGCGCAACCGGACCAGCUGGAGAAACAGGACGAACAGGUGCCAAGGGAGAUGAGGGACCAAGAGGCAAUCCUGGAUCGAAUGGUGCUCAAGGUCGACCAGGAAUUCAAGGCCAAAAGGGAAACAAUGGAAUGAACGGCAAACCUGGAGAAAAAGGAUACAAGGGGCAUCAAGGCAACCCCGGUAAGAAAGGCGACAAAGGUGACAGUGGCUACACCGGACCAAGAGGACCAAUGGGUCCCCCAGGUUAUGCUGGGCGGCCCGCGACACUUGAUCGAGUCGACAUUGAGCGGCAAAUCCAGGAUUUGGUUGAUAUUUCUCUUGAACGUGAGCUUAUGGUGAAAGUGAAGGAAAUGGUCAACUCAAAAAUGGAUGAAAUCAUUCACCGAGUCCUGAAACGAGCAAUUCCGGAAAUCACCUAUCAGCUGAUUGAAAAUGGAGGCAGACAUCCUUAUCAAUCCGAUGAGCCUGGGCGAUCAAAUAGAGAUACAUUAGCGGAUAGAAAUGACGAGCUCGCGUGGAAUCCAAAAAUGAAAGACUUUUUCUUUGGCAUGCCUGGUCCCCCCGGGCCGCCCGGAGAACCAGGUCUACCGGGAAUGGAUGGGCUGCAAGGAAGACCUGGUGAUCCUGGACCAAUCGGACCGAUGGGAAAAGAUGGGAGAAAAGGAGAUCAAGGGCCUCCAGGAAGGGAUGGAAGAGAUGGAAGGGGAAGAAGAGGAGACAGGGAUCUCCAAGCCUGGAUUCGAAGACAUGGAGAAUACGGACCACCAGGGCCAGUUGGCCCGCCAGGACCGCCUGGACCGCCAGGGAGAAACGGCGCUGAUGGAAGAGAUGGUCGCGCUGGAGACAAAGGAACCUGUGACUCGAAUUACUGUUAUCAAAUUGCUCGUGAUGUCGCUCAAUCUAUUCAUCUUCAAGGAUACCCAUAA